UCUCUCAGUUAAAUCCACAAGCAAAAGACAAUUUCUUGGAACUUCCAAAAAUUUUAAACCAUGAAACAUCUAUUACUGCUACUAUUGUGUGCUUUUAUAGUUAAGUUACAAGCUGUCAGUGACUACGAUGAGGAAGAAGACAAAACUAAGGCCACCUUGGAUGCCCGUGGUCACCGACCCCUUGACAAGAAGAGGGAACCGGCUCCCAGCCUGAGACCUGCCCCACCUCCCAUCAGUGGAACUGGCUAUAAAGCUCGUCCAGCCAAAGCAGCUGCCAGCAAAAAGAAAGUGGAAAGAAAAGCCCCUGAUGCCGGGGGCUGUCUUCAUGCUGACCCGGACCUGGGAGUGUUGUGUCCUACAGGAUGUCAGCUGCAAGAUGCUUUGAUAAAACAGGAAAAGCCAAUCAGAAACAGUAUAAAUGAGUUAAAUAAUAAUGUGGAGUCUAUUUCCCAGACCUCUUCUACCAGUGUUCACUACAUGACUCUGCUAAAAGAUAUGUGGAAAAAUAGGCAGAAGCAAUUGAAAGAAAAUGAAAAUGUAGUAACUGAGUACUCCUCAGAGCUGGAAAAGCAUCGAAUAUAUAUAGAUGAGACUGUGAAUAAUAAUAUCCCCACUAACCUUCGUGUGCUCCGUGCGAUCUUGGAAAACUUGAGAAGCAAAAUACAAAAAUUAGAAUCUGAUGUCUCAGCUCAGAUGGAAUACUGCCGCACCCCGUGCACUGUCAGCUGCAAUAUUCCUGUGGUGUCUGGCAAAGAAUGUGAGGAAAUUAUCAGGAGAGGAGGUGAAACAUCUGAAAUGUAUCUCAUUCAGCCUGUCAAUGUUAUCAAGCCAUACAAAGUAUACUGUGAUAUGAACACAGAAAAUGGAGGAUGGACAGUAAUUCAGAACCGUCAGGAUGGUAGUGUUGACUUUGGCAGGACAUGGAACCCAUAUAAACAAGGAUUUGGAAAUAUUGCAACCAGUGCAGAAGGGAAAAAAUACUGUGGCCUACCAGGUGAGUAUUGGCUUGGAAAUGAUAAGAUUAGCCAGCUUACCAACCUGGGACCCACAGAACUUUUGGUUGAAAUGGAGGAUUGGAAAGGAGACAAGGUGAAGGCGCUCUAUGGAGGAUUCACUGUACAGAAUGAGGCUAACAAAUACCAAAUCUCGGUGAACAAGUAUCAGGGCACAGCUGGCAACGCCCUUAUGGAAGGAGCUUCUCAACUGAUUGGAGAAAACCGAACCAUGACUAUUCACAACAGCAUGUAUUUCAGCACCUAUGACAGGGACAAUGAUGGCUGGGUAACUGCAGAUCCCAAUAAACAGUGCUCGAAAGAAGAUGGUGGUGGAUGGUGGUAUAACAGAUGUCAUGCAGCCAAUCCAAAUGGCAGAUACUACUGGGGUGGACACUACAGCUGGGACAUGGCAAAACAUGGCACAGAUGAUGGUGUGGUGUGGAUGAACUGGAAGGGUUCCUGGUAUUCAAUGAAGAAGAUGUCUAUGAAAAUCAGGCCCUUCUUCCCAAAGCAAUAAUCUCCUGAACAUAGAUUUUUAUUCUUCUAUAAGUAACAACGUUUUUGUAUAUUAUGUCAUUAGAAUUUUCUUUCACACAUUAGAUCCCUCUAAAACUAUCAAAAAGUUGUGAGUGUGACUUUAUAAAAAACUAUUUACAAUGAUUGACAUUAAAAUAGCACACAGUUUUCUUUUA